UUUGUAUUCAUCAGCUGUAUGGGAUCAUACAGGAAAAAGCUAGCAGUUAACAGCCUGAACUACAACAAAGGAGAGGUAAAAGGAGAGAAACUGAAGCCUAAUCCAGGACUUGAUACUGAUUGUAUUCCAACUGCUUUAAAUCAACAGGCAUCCUAAGAUCCUUCCUCUUGUCUGUCUUCUUGACUCAUUCGUUUGUGCUAUUGCUGUACAGGACAAAGAAUUCUGCUAAAUGGAUAUUACCUUAUAACAGGCAAUCACAUCUGGACUAACAGAAAGGAAAGGUGAUCAGAUGACAACAUACAUUCAGUCCCAACCAGUUCAACCUUCCAAACACAGGAAAAUCCAAGAACUGUUUUCUACUGCUGAUGAAGGUAUAAAAUAAAGCCCCAAUGAAUCCUGAACACAGCCCUCCCGGAAACAGCAGCAACUGCAGCACUGACAACAAGAUGAGCCAAGUUCUCUUUCCCUUGCUGUACACUUCUAUUUUCAUUGUGGGCAUAAUUAUGAAUGGACUGGCCAUGGGAGUCUUUUUCCAAAUCUCCAGCAAAUCCAAUUUUAUUGUCUUUCUCAAGAACACAGUGAUUUCUGACAUACUGAUGAUACUAACUUUCCCAUUCAAAAUUCUCAGUGAUGCAAAAUUAGUGUCCUGGGAACUAAGAGGGUUUGUCUGCAAAGUAUCUCAAGUCAUAUUUUACUUCACAAUGUAUAUAAGCAUUAUUUUCUUGGGUCUUAUUACUAUUGAUCGUUAUUUGAAAACUGCCAGACCCUUCAAGUCUGUUACCUCUGAUAACAUAUUGGGAGCUAAGAUUCUAUCCGCAGUUAUCUGGAUAUUCAUGUUCUCUCUGUCCCUUCCUAACAUGAUUCUGACAGAUAAGAAACCAACACGUGAGAAUGUGAAGAAAUGUGCUGACCUGAAAUCUGAUUUUGGCUUACUAUGGCAUGAAAUUGUAAACUAUGUUUGCCAGUUUAUCUUCUGGGCCAACUUUGCCAUCAUAGUUGUAUGCUACACACUCAUUACACAAGAGUUGUACAAAUCCUAUAAAAGAACAAGAAGUACAGGAAACACAAACAAAAAAACUAUGAACAUCAAAGUUUUCAUCAUUAUCGGUGUGUUCUUUAUUUGCUUUGUGCCCUUCCAUUUCGCCAGAAUUCCUUACACCUUGAGCCAAACAAGAGAUGUUUUUGAGUGUUCAACUCAGAACACUUUGUUUUAUAUAAAAGAGAGCACCUUAUGGCUGACAUCCCUGAAUGCCUGCUUAGAUCCAUUCAUAUAUUUUGCCCUCUGUAAAUCUUUUAGAAAAUCUCUUCUAAGGGUACUGCAUAUAUGUGCUACUAAAAGAAGAAGAGACCAAAACAUGGAAACAACAGAUGAGGAAACACCAAUGUAGCCCAACCAGAUAACUUUAUAACAUACUAGUGUUUGGCAAUCUCUUCACCACACGCCUUUUUUUCCUGCAACAGUGAAGCUGAUUAUAGCUUCCACGGAAAUUCAGAAUCACAUUUAGUCCAUGAAACUAACAUCUAGCAGCUUAAUGAUAAUGCACAUCACACUACGUAUUACUUAUGCAUUUUCUUUUAACUUUAUGGCUACACAAACAUUGGACCACACUAAGAGAAACCAAACAGGGUGGUGCUAAAGGCACCAAAAACAAAGAAAGCAUCUAAAAUGUAUUGAUAUAUCCAUUCCAAGCUAGCUACAUUAAAAGGGAAAUAAAAGUGAUAAGAAAUGUGUUUUCACUAUGUAUUAUACACUAAUCUGACUUAUAUUCAGAAGAACAGAAUUGUGUUGCAUAACCUUCCAACCAAAAGCCUAAUGGUAUCAACAGCAAAUAACAUCACACAGGCUGUCUGCCAUGGAAUCCACAGUCAGCUGUGAAGAAAUAAAAAACAACAAAGCAAAGCAACAUUGUUGAGUGCACCCAUGGUUGCUGAUAUGAAAGUUUCAAUUAAAAAAUUGUUUUCUCAAAAACUCUUUUGACUCAAAGUGCUCUGAGGACUUUUUAGAAACAGUACUAUUCUAUAGCAUGAGGUUGAAGACGUUUACAUUUGUAUCACUUGUGUAUUCAUGGUUUGUUUUUGUUUUUUGGGGGUUUUAGUCAAAAUUCUGUUGCUCCAUUUAUGCUGGCAUAUGAUUGAUCAUGUUACUGGCAGUGGAAGAUUACCAGUAAUUGUAGAGUUCUUCCUUUGAUCCCAAGGCUCACACAACUUGUGAACAAUGAGACUGAUUGCAUUCAUCCACACUGACUGAGUCAUACUAGCCCUGAGAUCAAAGUAGACUCAUAGAAUAACUGAGUUGGAAGGGACCUAUAAGGCCAUCGAGUCCAACCUCCUGCAGGAAUCCAAAUCAA